AUGGGAAAUUGUGUAGAAACAUGUUUACAAAGGGGAAAUAUAGAGGAAUUAAGGGUGCAAGAAGAAAAAACAGGGGAAUUUAUAAAGGAAAAUGUUGAGAUGGAAAAAGGAAAAACAAAUAUGAGAUUGAAAAUAGUUUUGACUAAAGAAGAGUUGGAAUGGCUACUUCUUAAGCUGAAAUUUCAAGAAGUGAAAAAUUUAGAGGAAGUUUUGGGUGAAAUUGAAAGAAAUAGAGGGAAAGUUACUUGUGGAUGGAAACCAAGUUUAGAAAGCAUUACAGAGAGCCCUGAAAUUCCAGAAAUGAUGGAUAGAUGA